AGUUCGCUUAAAGCUAGGUUACAAGACACAUUGUGGCAGUAGCAAACUUCAUUCACAUCAUCGCGUGUGUGACCUAUAUUUUGAUUUUCAUUUGUGAACAUAUUUUUUUAACAACAAUAACUGAGAAGAAAUUUUAACUAUUUAGUUCCGUCCGGUGUGUUGUGAAUAAGACUGAAAUUUAGUGAUAUAUUUGUGAUAUUAGUGUAUUAAGUUCAUGAUAAUGCCAGCUCCUAUAACAGAUACCAUCAACGAAGACCAGGAGAAGGAUUUGGUUCCCGAACUGACUUCCAAAAUGAUGGAGACUCGCGAUAGCAUUUCAUCUAUCGACAGCGAUGUUUCGUUGUCUUUUGAUAAACCCAUCGCUGAGAAUCCCAAUGAGGAUGAAGGUGCUCAUAUGGCAGAUCUAUCCGAUUCUUCCUCCGACACAGGGUCCCAUGGUGGUGGUAAAGAUUCAGGUUGCGAAGUUACCCCUGAGUUAUCCGAACCUCCAUUUAACCCACCCAACGAAGAGCUAUCGGAAAAAAUUGUCCAGCAAGUGGAAUUCUACUUCUCCGAUGCCAACAUCACGAAAGACGCGUUCCUCUUAAAACACGUUAAGAGAAACAAGGAAGGGUACGUCUCAUUAAAAUUAAUAUCAAGCUUUAAACGCGUAAAACACCUCACGAAAGACUGGAGGGUUGUUGCGCACGCUCUACUAAGGUCUCAGAAGUUGGAGAUAAACGAAGCAGGCACUAAAUUGCGCCGUUUAGAUCCACUACCACAGUAUGAUGAAACUACCCCGUCCAGAACCGUAGUUGCAGUCCAUAUGCCCAUAGAAAAACCUACAAUUGAGAAUGUAGCUGAAUUGUUUAAACCCUGCGGCGAGAUCGCCCUAAUAAGAAUCUUAAGACCUGGCAACCCCGUACCAGCCGAUGUAAGACAGUUCAUAAACAAAAACCCAUCAUUGGCUGGAAUGACCUGUGCACUAGUUGAAUUUGUACACUCCGAAGCCGCCAGAAACGCUAUCCAAAUGCAAACCACUGUGGUAGAAAUGAAAGUGUACGAACUAAACAACGUACCUCACCCAGAACGCAAGAAGAAAUCCAACAACAGAAAAAACUCGCUUAACAACAACAAUCACUCAAGCAAAAACCUCAAUGAAUCUGACUAUAUUACUUCCUCGUGUCAGAGCGGUUCCGAAGCUGAAGACAUAAAAAAAUUCGAUCCCAAAAACAAGAUGCGUCGUGGCUCGUCAGCUCACUUCCCCUCGCGUUACAUCGAGCCAGCUGCGUGGUUGCAGCGCCGUCUGUCAGCUUCGAGCACCGAAGCUAACUUCAUCUAUAUGCCCAGAAGGUUGUCUUACGGUUCUAGAGAUUCCAGCGAUUCUAGCCUCUUUUUACCCAGACGUAUGUCGGCGUGUAGCAUGUCCAGUACGGAUUCGUACAACAGGCGACUUUCUUCUGGGAGUCAGUCUUCAGAGUACAGCUCCCCUAGGUCGAGAAGCAAUUCGGCUGCUUUCCAGGCGACCGAGAAUGUUUUGAGGAUGCCCAAAGGUCCCGAUGGAAGCAGAGGGUUCAGGCAAAGAUCUAGCCUUGUUAGUAUUGCUCAGUAAUGUAAUUGCGUCAUGAAAAAUGCAAAUAAUUCAAUCUCCUGAUGUUUUCAUUAUCAUUCAUAAUACGCCUGAUGUAAAAACUUUUGAGGUUUCGUGUUUUGUACAGAAUGCAUUUAAAUAGCAAUAAUUAAUAAUCCUGUUUGUAUUGGUGCAUUUUAUAUGAUAAAAGGAGUAGGAAGUCAUUGCAAGAAAAAUAUUGAUAAUAUACCGAAUUUAAUAAAAUGCAAAUUGCGGACCUUGACAGUCAGUUCAAUGUUUAACUUAACAAUAUAAUAUAAAAUAACUGGAUUUAAUUUGCCGUUGGUUAGCUGCAACGAGUUCAUGUCCUAGAUUUCAUGACUUUCACCAAAUUUAUUCGAUGGCGUUAAAAUUCAACAAGUAAAUAGAAAUUGAUACAUUUUUCUUUAUAAUGUAUUUUAAAUUAUCAAAUCAACGAACUGUACUUUUUUGUUUGAUUGGUUUUACUCCUUUGAUUAUAUAGACCACCAUACUUUCUUCAACCAUAUAUUCUUCAACUUUCUAUAAUAUCUUUAAUUAAAAGAUUCACCUACUUUUUCUUAAUUUUAAUUUAGUUAUUUUAGGUUUCUUUCUUUUAUUUUUUAAGGUCUAAUUCUCCACCAAAACCUUUUCGUUUUAGAAAUGGUUUACCAAUUUACUACGUCUAGUUUUAUAUAAAGAUAGCGCAUUAACAUUAACAAUUAUAAAAAUUGUGUUUAUUUCUGUUUUAAAUAACUUAAUACCAU